CAGCUGCUGGACCGCGGAGGCUUCGGUUACACACAGCGGCGGCUCCAAAUGCUUAGUUUCGCUCGCUGAAAAUGAGAAGAAAACGAUAGUCGGAUUCGAAACGGACCUCGGUGAAGUUACGGGCCGGGAUUUAUUUGUUUUGAGCGUGUUUUUCAAAAAAAAAAAGAGAAAGAAAAGAAAACGUUUGGAAAAAGUUGGGAAAUAGAAAUAGACCCUCCGUCACGGAGCAGGAUGGGCAAAGGGAGCAGGAUGGAACACACGGUUUUUCUUCUGGUGCUGGCUCUGACUGUGGCGCGCACAGGAGCAGCUGAGCUCGGCUUCCACUUGAACCAGACGGCCAAGCAGCAAGUGUGUUUGGAGAACCAAGAGUAUCCACACAAGGGUUUCUGCUGCAGAAACUGCGAGGCUGGCACUUAUGUGAAGGAGAAGUGCACUACAGAUCAGGAGAAGGGAAUAUGUGAACCGUGCAAGGAGGGCACCUACGCCGAGCACCCGACCGGCAUGGACCAGUGCCUUCAGUGCAGUCAGUGCCCUGCAGGUCAGAUAACAACACAGGUGUGCACGAGCACAAGGGACACCAAGUGCGAGUGCAAGCCUGGCACGUUCUGUCUGCCAGAUGAACCCUGUGAAGUGUGCAAAAAGUGCACUAGGUGCAAAGCAGAUGAAAUUGAGGAGCGGCCAUGCACGCCAACCUCCAACGCCAAGUGUAAAAAACGCCCUUUAUCACCUAAUGACUCCACCGUUGCACCCACAAUCUCCCCUGCACCCAGAAAUGAAAAUUCUAACACCAUAGCAAUCGUGGUUUCUGUGGUUUUACUCCUCGUUGUUCUCAUUGUCGCUGUGGUGGUUUGGCUGAGGAGACGAUCCUGUAGAAAACAAGCAAGCACAGUGGCUCAAAAUAAUGAAGUGAAAAUUCCAAUCGAUGGUGUGUGUGUCCCUACCUCUGAGGAGUGUGAGAACAGCCGUAAUGCGGGCUUGGAGGAGGCAGAGCUGCCUCGCACCGAGUCUCGUCCCCUGCUGCAGGAGACACACAUCCUGGGGAGUAAAAGCAUUCCAGUGGAAGAUGAAGACCGAGGACUUGGGGACAGCCUACCGAACACCACCAGCUCCUCCCAAACCAGUUUAUCAGCCCUGCCAGUGAACAUUCCACUUCCUGUCUCAGCAAAUUGUGAGAGGGAGGCGGAGCCGUGGGACAGGGAGGAUGGCACUCCCAGAAGACUUGUUCCACUACUUGGUGAGGAGGCGUCUCUAAGCAAGAGCUUUGACCUGUUUGACGUUCUGGAUGUGCGCGUGCACAACAAGUUCUUUCGCAGCAUUGGCGUAAGCGAUAACGCCAUCAAGCUCGCAGAGUCACAGAACGCUAGCGACAAAGUGUACGAACUGUUGCGUGUGUGGAUGCAGCGUGAGGGACUCCGUGCCAACAUCAACCAUCUGCUGCAGGCGCUGCUCGAUCUCGACCAGCGCUACUCCGCCGAGCAGAUCGCCUCCCGCGCAGUCGAGCGCGGCUACUACAAAUACGAGUGAUUUUUAAAAAAAAAAAAAAAAGCAAGCAAACAAAACACCUUGUAAUGAACGUGUAAAGUGGAAAGUAUCAUGUCUUAACUUUUCACAGCCUAUAAUGGACUAAAGGUGCAAAUGUUGUUUACGACGAGCUGGUUAAUAUGAACAAAACUCGUUUAAACAGACUUGUGAAAUUUAACAAGCAACUUGGCAUUCGAUAGUCAUGUGGAGGAGGAGCUAGGGGUUUGGUUUUUUUUUUUUUUUUUUCCUCUUUUGGCUGCUGUAGCAGAACAGAUGAUCAUGCCUCCCGUUACCUCUCAAGUCUCCAAAAAAUAAAGAAAAUGCAUGUAAACUAUUGUAGAACUCUAUUGCAGGAGAUACAGUUGCACAAAGAAUCAGUGAGAAGCACCAGCUCCUCUUUCGUCCACACGUGUACUGAUGUGCAGCUAAACAUGACUAACGUCAUGACUAACGUUAACGUCGUAGCAACGAUUUCUGCUUUUACGAACCCAACACUGGGCUGUGAGUAUAAAUCAAUGUUAAGAUGAUCGUUGAAACACUCCUUGAGAGCAGCCUGGUGUGAGGAAAAGUGUCAUGUUUGAGACACCCAGAAGGAGGAGUUAGCGCUCGUUCGUUUCCUAAAGCUCUGUUUGUAGGAACUUUUUUUUGGGGGGGGGGGCUUUACUGAAGCCAACACUGGACUCGGUGAAGAUUUGCGCUUGGUAACAGCGUGGCUUCGUCUCAAAUUGUGCACUGGCCUCAGGCUUUUUUUUUUUUUUUAAAUAAACCUACAGGUUGGUCUGAAGCCUGCAAUUAAUUUUAUUUUUUUCUUUUCUUUUCAGUGGUGACAUCAAAAAGUAGCUGUAAUUAUAGCGGACAAAUGUUUUGGUUUUGACUCAUUUGGUUUUUGAGCACAUUUCUAGGUGAAACUCCAGGCAGUUGAGCCCCUAGACUACACUACAUGCUACUAAGAUCUUUUGUCACAGUUUUCUAUCGUUCGUCGAUGUCCACUACGGUGGAGCGGAGGAAGGGACACGUCAAUUUGUGCCACGAUAUAAGUCAAGGCUAUAAAGCUUUCUAAUAUAGACUCGCGCGCGCGUGCACACAAAAAUAACUGUUUUCUUUCGAAAGAAAAACCUUUUCUGAAACAGAAGGUAGACACUUAAGAUUGAUUUACAGUCACGGUUUAGCGUAAACGUACCAGCCUGAGUUUCCCAGAAGCGUCGCAGCACAAAGAUCAUCGUUAAACGGUCAAGCGAGCAGCACAGUGAACGCUCUCUCUCCUAGUUAAGAUGCUCCGAGUGAGUGUUGAGAGGCUUUUGGGAAACGCACCCCUGUUUUGCUAAGGAAAUGUCACCUGUUGAAAGACACGUUUCGCUUCCUUCAACAGCAGCUCAGUGUCGUUAUGAAAAGUGACUUUCUUCUGUCAGAUACACAAACACCUCUCUUCAGUUUCCUUAUUUAUGUAGAAAUGGAUGUAUUUAUUGUCAUAGUAGAACUAUGUGUAAUUAUUUAUACCUGUUAACCGUAUCCAAGUGUGAUGUGUGUGGGUUUGUUUUUUUGGGUUUUUUUUCCCCCCCUCUCCCCUCCGUUUGCCUUGCAGUGUAAGGCACUACAACUACAUUUCUUAAUGGGUGCCGCAUUACUCCUGUUCAACACACGGCAAAAACGAUAACUUUUUUCUUUAUAGUGGUGAUGAUGAUGAUGAUGAUGAUGAUGAUUUUUAUUAUUAUUAUUUUUAUAUUCUCAACCUAUUGCAUAUAGUAAACAUGGAUGUGUUGGUACGUGUGAGGCUUUUUUUUUUUAGAAAAAUCUAUAUAUAAAAGUUCUCAUGGAAAGAUGGUCUUUUCCACCUCAUUGAGAUUUGAACUUCAUUUAUUUUUGCCCUGAGCUGUAUAUAGUCACAGAACAACCCAUUUUAACAUUGCAAAUAUAUCAUACAUUUCUAUACAAGCCGAGAGCAAGGAGAAUGAAGUAGUGACAUCCUACAAACUGAAGGAACAAACUGACCGUAGAAUGAGUUCAUAAUUGAGGUAACACUCAGUAUGAAGCUAUUAUACUGUGCCUAUUGUAAUUUGAUACCAUUUAGUAAGAUAUUUUUUAUAAAUAUAUAUAUAAACUAUAAUGAUGCUGUUCCAGCCUCCAAGUUAAUUAUUUAUUGAUGACGGCUUCAUAGAGAUUGUUGCCGUUUAUUAUAUAUAAUGGAUCACUCAGACCUUUUGACUCAGCUAUGUAUGUCGUGUUAUAGCUGUAUAAAUUCCAGUUGUAAGAGUGUAUUCUCGAAAUGAAAUAAAAAAAGGCUCUGCGUUCAGUGUUCAUUCAGUUCAUGUAUCAGUGCAGGCACUGCCACCUAGUGUUUUUUGUUUUUUUUCUUUUCAAAAGUUGAAAUAUUAUUGUAAUAUGGAUUCAUACUGUCUGUCUGGUCCAAAUGUCUGAGUUUUGUUGUCUGGCACUGCUAUGAGCGAAUGAGAUCCUUCGCAAAAGGCGUCCUGAUUUAUUCGUCCAAAAUCGGUGUUCUGAUUUACUGACUAAAAGCGGAACGCGUUGAGGACCUCAAAUGUUUCAUCCGAUUUUUAAAAACGAUUUUUAAUUGUUUUCUUGGGAAAAGUGCUGUCAGCUGGAUGAACCUUCCUGUUAAGAGUUUCAUUCAAACUUUUGGACCAGACACUACAUGCAUUAAUUUCAAGGGACCUGUUUUUUUUCCCCCCCCAUCUUUUCUUCUCUCUUCAUGCACUUGUAGCAAGUUGUGUGUGGUUUUUUUUUUUUAAUAAAUACAAGAACAACUUCAAUAGAUAAGCUCAAGUUUUUCAUGAUGCUCUACAUUAUUUACUUUACUCAUAGUUCAGCUUUUUCUUUUAACACAUUUUUUUUUUCUUCCUACAUUUGCUCACCCAUGUUUCACGCUCUCUUGUAUUGUAGAAGCAAAUGUAUUGCCCCACUUAGACAGUUGUUUCCUUUUUAACAGUUGUAAAGUAUUUGCUGUUGCAAAUGCAGUUGUAGAAAUGAUUUUAAUUUUGAAAUAAACAUUUCUUACUAAACAA